AUGUCAUUAUUAAUGUUGAACAAUCUUUGUCAAAAUGUUUUGAAAUUAAUUGAACGUCGUCUUGUCUCAUUACGUAAAACAUUAAGUUACAUUGCUGGUGGAUGGUCAUUCAUUUCAUCGUCUCUUCAAUUCUAUCAGACAAUAUUACUUCAACGUCUUCAUUUAAUCGAUAUUAAAUCGCAUGAAUUUGACAAAUUAUUAUGUAAUCAUUUAAUAAAAUAA